UGCAAAAAGUUCAUACCAGGGCGGAUUAUUUUUUAUUCCCGGAAUUAUGUACGCAGUUCUAAUCUUGGACAAAUACUUUAGGAAGAAUAUAUGAAAGAAAAAAAAAAAGAAGACGCAGAAGUGUAUAUUUUCUAAUUUAUCUCUAUUCACGCUGGCAUAUUCGUCACUAAGUCAUCGUAUAUAUUUGAGAGAUAGUACAUUUCGAUAAGGUCAUUAAAUCAUUAUAACAAUGAAUGACGAUUUGAUAAACGAUAUUCUGAAUAUGUACAAAUCAACUAAUCCACUCAGAAUAGUAAUGCCGUCUUCUAGUAGUCGAAAAAUGGUGCAGAAUGAUAGAGCUUUACAUCAUAUAGAAUCUCAUGAUGUUAACAAAGAUAGCCUGAAAUUAGAAAUGGAUUAUGUGAAAGAAUACAGACAAAAAGACGACCAAGAAUAUUUACAGUUUAAAAAUAAUAUUAUGCUUGAUAAAAAUGAUCACUUGGACAAUAUGUCGGAAGUCACCGCAUUUGGAUCAGAAGCAUUUAGCAAAGAAAAUACUGCUCAAAUUUAUCGAACCUAUAACUUUGCUUACCGACCUAAGACUAAUUUACCUAUUGUUUUUAUGAAAGAUAAAAUUGUAUCCAUGAUUGCGAGCAAUUCUGUCGUUGUUAUCCGUGGUUCUACAGGUUGUGGAAAAACAACACAAAUACCUCAAUUUAUUCUCGAUGCCGAAUAUAAGAAGAAACAACAUUGUAACAUUGUAGUAACGCAGCCGAGACGUAUCGCUGCUUUGAGCAUCGCAAAAAGAGUCAGUCAGGAAAGAGAAUGGCCCGUCGGUACGCUUGUAGGAUAUCAAAUGGGUCUAAUAAAGAAUACAUGUCCAGACACUCGUAUAACAUAUUGCACGACCGGUGUGCUCUUGCACAAAUUUGUAAAUAAAAAGCAUAUGAUGGAAUACACCCAUGUUAUAUUAGACGAAGUGCAUGAGCGUGAUGAAGACAUGGAUUUCCUUCUGCUCGUGGUUAAAAAAUUAUUGCGUACGAAUUCCUCCACAGUUAAAGUUAUAUUAAUGUCCGCUACAAUCGACGUAAAUAAAUUGGCUGAAUAUUUUUCUUCUCCUGUGGAAAAUAAGCUUCUACCAGCACCUAUUAUCAAUAUACCGCAGUGUAGUCCUUACAAUAUUUCUAUAUAUUAUAUAGAUGAAAUAGAAAAUUUGGGUAGCAUACCUAAAAUAAACGACGAUGCACCAAGAUUCACGCAUGAGAUGGUUGAGUUUUGUACACAUAUUAUACAAGUUUUUGAUUCUAUUGAUGGAAAGAAUAAUGAUUCAUACAAAAGGUAUGCCGUGUUAAUAUUUUUGCCUGGACUUUCUGAAAUCGAAUAUCUACGUUCGAUGCUUUCAUCAGAAAAAUAUGCGAGUAUGAAAUGGGAUAUAAUUAUUUUACACUCAUUGAUCUCGACCGAGGACCAAGAGAAUAUAUUUAAAAAACCACCACAAGAUUUCCGACGUAUUAUACUUUCGACAAAUAUCGCUGAAAGUAGCGUCACUGUGCCAGACGUUAAAUAUGUGAUUGAUUUUUGCUUAACGAAACUUCUUAUAACUGAACCUGGAUCCAAUUAUCAAUGUCUACAACUUUGUUGGGCAAGCAAAUCAAAUUGUCAACAACGUGCUGGUCGUGCAGGUCGUCUAAUGGACGGUAGAGUAUAUAGAAUGGUACCAAGAUCAUUUUAUGAGACAGUACUACACGAAGAAUCUCUUCCGGAAAUGCUCAGAAUUCCACUAGCAAACGUAAUUCUCAAGACAAAAUUAUUGAACAUGGGCGAACCAAAAGCUCUGCUUGCUCUUUCUCUGGAUCCACCCAAUCUCAGCAAUUUACGGAAUACUACAUUACUGUUGAAAGAAGUGGGUGCAUUGCUUGAUAGGGACCAAAGUAUUGAGGAAUUUGAUGGCGAGCUGACGCUUCUAGGUCGUGUAAUGGCCGCCCUUCCAUUAGACAUACAUAUUACGAAGUUGAUCGUCUUGGGUCAUAUCUUCGGUAUUCUGCAGGAUACGAUCAUUAUCGCGGCCAGCAUGUCUGUCAAGGAUAUAUUUAAUAUCAAUUUUCACGAAUUACAAUCGACCUAUAACGAGAAACUGUAUUGGGCCGCUAACUCGGACAGUGACAGCAUAGCAUGCUUGAAUGCUUUCAAAGUAUGGCGAAAUGAUAAAGCGAAUCGUCGUAUAACUAACCAGCAGGAGGAAAAAGAAUGGGCUAAGCGAAAAAGUCUCCGCGUGAAAUCGUUGCGCGAGAUCGAUGCUUUUAUAGCUGAGUUAAUGGUGAAAUUACGCCGUUUUGGUAUAAAAGAAACCAUGGGUAGCAGUAAAAAUACUUGGGAAAAUCUUUAUAUUGAUCACACUUUUAUAAUUAAAAUGAUAAUCGCCGGUGCAUUCUAUCCAAAUUAUUUUAUGAAGUUUCCAAACAAAAUAGAAGAUUGCAAACAGAAUAUAGAGAAACAAUUGUCGUUCCGUAAUCCGAUAAAUACUGUCAUUCUACGGGGAUGGCCGUUGCAUCAGCCCGGAUCGUUGUACUCCAAGAGAUUUCAGGAGAUCUUCGGACAGCAUAUAGGGUUAAAAAAUAACGAGGAUAUAACUGUAUCCUUCGAUGGAUCAACCCGUGUUUACAUCGAGUACGAGGAAAAUAAUCGCACACCCGAUAAUUACUGGUUCGUUCAAAAUUGUAUCAAGAUGAGACAAUGUCGAAUUCCAAUCGAAAUACAAUUAUUAAGCGAAACAGAUGCUCAUCGCCGAGCCGAGAAACUUGGUCUUACAAAGGAUUACGGAAAAAUCGUUUUCUCUCCUUCCAAAUCGCAAGAACCACCGUACAAACGAUACAUGUAUGAUAAGAAACCAUAUCCAGAGUUACCGGAAGAAUCCGAAUAUCAAUCAUUAAAAGUGAAAUUGCAAGGUCCCUUUUCACCGAUAGAGACUCAAUUGAUCCAUCUGGUGAGCACCGGAAUGUCGAAAUUUGUGAGCGUGGAUACCACAUCAGUGAAUUCCGUUCUACUUGACACCUGCUUGGAUAAUCCAAGAGGAUUUCUUCUCGUGGCGCAAACUAUUAAUAGAAGUUCUAAAAAUGAUGCGCAUUUGAUCUUACGAAAUACAACUCUCUUGCCUAAUACGCCUGGUCUCGCAUCAUUAAUCACUUUAAUUUUUACGCCGUACAUGGAACUAAGACGUAAUCCUUUAGGCACUUAUUACACAGGUGCUCUAUGUGGACUAGGGUAUGAUCCUUCUACAGGGAAGAGCUUAUUUCCAGAACACGAUAUACAAAUUAUUUUCGACAAUGAGAUUACAAUGAACGACUUGCGAAUGAUAAAUAGAUUGCGCCACUGGAUGAAUGUUGCAAUGCACUUUAAUGAAGACGACAAUAUAGACGAGGAGACUCAAAAUGAGCUGACUAUAAAGUGCCAAAAUCAAAUUAAGAAUGCGUUCAAAGAAAUAAUAUAUAAACCUCGUAAGAUACAGGAGCCAAUCUUAACUAAUAAUUUCGAGAAAUGGAAUCUCUAUGAUGGAUCUCUAUUUCUGGAGCCUGCUCGAGAAACCUCGAGAAAAAGUAAUAUAUACCGUCUACACAAAGCAUUGGAGUUGAACGAAAAAAAUGAUAAACUCGAAGAAAUAAUCAAACAUUUGUUAGAAUUGGAAAUUCUGGCUCACAAAGAUCCAUAUGAAACGAGUAUUGCACCUGUUUAUUGCAAAUUAUGUCUAACAGAAAUAUGUGGCAUUAUCAAUCUUCGUGCACAUUUAUGUUCAGAGCAACAUACAAAAAAAAAACAAAUGAUAGAUACAACUACUGAAUUUGGAGAAGAUCUGCAGAGUAUUCUAACAAAAAUGAGGCUAUAAUACAUGUGAUAAGUAAAAUUAUAGAUUGCAGUUGAUUAUUUUCUCUUUUUUUAUUUUAUAAGGUAUAUUUCUAUGCACAUGUAUAUUCUAUUUUUUAUUUGAUUGUGUUCAGUUUAUUAGACAUUACAUAUAAAACCAAAGAUUUCAUUUUAUACAUAAUUAACAAGUAAAGUAUUAUUAAAAACU